UAAGUAUGCAGUCAGAAGACACUGUUCACGUUGUAGAAUGUAAACAAACGUUUAAUGCCGACUGGCAACAAGGCAAAGGUCUCGGAGCAUGUAUGUUAGAAAUGUAUGACCAAAGUCUUUGGACGGAUGUGACUUUCCACAGCAAAGAUCAACCUGAGGCGGCUACAAUCAAAGCACAUAAGAUAGUUUUAGCUGCCAGAAGUCCAGUGUUCCGGGCGAUGUUCUUUGGCCCAUGUGCUGAUAGAAGAGACGAUGUUGAACUGGAACACGUGACCAGGGAAACAUUCGACUUAUUCCUAAGGUACAUAUACAGCGAAAGCCUGGACCUUUCUGCAGAAACAGCGUUUGAUAUUUUGCGUAUAGCUCACUUCUAUCAAGUUUCAAGUCUUGUACAGUAUUGUGCAGACUUUUUGAUGAAUGUCAUUACAACGGAAAACGCAAUGUGAUGUUCUCAAU